AUGAGCUCGUACUUUGUAAACUCCUUCUCGGGGCGUUAUCCAAAUGGCCCGGACUAUCAGUUGCUAAAUUAUGGCAGUGGCAGCUCUCUGAGCGGCUCUUACAGGGAUCCCGCUGCCAUGCACACCGGCUCUUACGGCUACAAUUACAAUGGGAUGGACCUCAGCGUCAACCGCUCCUCGGCCUCCUCCAGCCACUUUGGGGCGGUGGGCGAGAGCUCGCGCGCCUUCCCCGCGCCCGCCCAGGAGCCCCGCUUCAGGCAAGCGGCGUCGAGCUGCUCCCUGUCCUCGCCCGAGUCCCUGCCCUGCACCAACGGCGACAGCCACGGCGCCAAGCCCUCUGCUUCGUCCCCCUCCGACCAGGCGACCCCGGCCAGCUCCAGCGCUAAUUUCACCGAAAUAGACGAGGCCAGCGCGUCCUCGGAACCCGAGGAAGCGGCGAGCCAGCUAAGCAGCCCAAGCCUCGCUCGGGCGCAGCCAGAGCCCAUGGCCACCUCCACGGCCGCGCCCGAGGGGCAGACUCCGCAGAUCUUCCCCUGGAUGAGGAAGCUUCACAUCAGCCAUGAUAUGACCGGGCCGGACGGCAAAAGGGCUCGGACCGCCUACACCCGCUACCAGACCCUGGAGCUGGAGAAGGAGUUUCACUUCAACCGCUACCUGACCCGGCGGCGGCGCAUCGAGAUCGCCCACGCGCUCUGCCUGUCCGAGCGCCAGAUCAAGAUCUGGUUCCAGAACCGGCGCAUGAAGUGGAAGAAAGACAACAAACUGAAAAGCAUGAGCCUGGCUACAGCCGGCAGCGCCUUCCAGCCCUGA